AUGAGACAUGCACCAAGGACAAGGUCAGGUACUCAGAGUCUAAGAGAGGAGUUCAACAAGUCAAUAGAAGGGCUGAUCACUUUUAUAGAGCACGAGGAACUCAAAGAGGAGCUACUCAAAGGGGAGAUCACCCGAGAGACACCAAUGGAGCCUUUAACCGAGCUCGGCACACUUAAGACACAACAAGAUGGGAGUCAAGACCUUCAAGAAGCCAAGAAAGUCAAGGAAACACCGAGCAAUGACUACUCUCAACUCAAGCUUCAAGCCAUAUCAUUCUUACCUGUUUUACAAGGCAUCAAGGACGCUACUACGUUUGUCAUCUCCAAGCAAGUGGAAAUACCAAUCAUCGAAGCAAUGGACGAUAUGGGAGAACAAGGAGAGCUUAACAUGGCUCAGAUGCUUGAUAAUAUCCAAGCUCAACUUGCAACCUUAGGGGAGCGAAUGACACGGAUUGAGCAACCACCACCGGCCCCAAGAGGACCUAUCAGAGGUGUAAACGCGCGGAGGGACAACCAGGACGAAGAUGAGGUCAUGGAGGAUCUUGACAAUGGUCGAGGCCAAGACGAUGGCAAAGACCUCAAGCUCACCGCACCAACAUUUGCCGGCAAGGUGAACCCUGAUGCGUAUCUUGAUUGGGAAAGAAGGAUGGAAUACAUCUUCGAUUAUUACCAAUACUCGGAGGCUAGAAAGGUGUCCUUAGCGGCUGCACAGCUAACUGACAAUGCCUUGGCGUGGUGGGAUCGAGAUGUUUCCGAAAGAAGAAGGCAUAGGCAUGGGCAGAAGAAAUUUCGCAAGCUCACUCAAGGAAGCAAGACCGUGGAGGACUAUUUCGAAGAGUUUGAGACUCUUAAGAACCGACUUGAAGUAGAGGACUCAGCUGAGACCCUGAUGGCCCAAUUCAUUGAUGGUCUUAAUGAUCGAAUUGCUAGAAAGGUCGAGAGGCAGACUUACCACGACUUGGAGGACGUGUUGCAUCAUGCCGUGCAAGCUGAGCAACACAUUAAGAGGAAAAACACUUCCACAAACCGUAGAAAACCACCUGAACGCCACAACCUCAACGAGCUCUUGAGAAGGGGCAAAGGACACUAUGCGAGGGAAUGCCCAAACCAAAGAGUAAUGAUCCUCAAAUCUAAUGGCGAGUAUGAAUCACAAGACGAAGGGGAGGAAGCUGAGGACACUGAUGAGGACAUAGUCGACUAUCCUGACCAAGGAGAGCUCUUAGUAGUAAGCAAGUAUCUUGUAGAUAAGCUAGGGCUCACCAAGACUAAGCAUCCUCGACCCUACAAGCUCAAGUGGUUGAACAAUGAAACUGAGCUCAAGAUUGCUGAGCAAGUAACUGUACCCUUUAGCAUUGGUAAGUAUACGGAUCAAGUGGUGUGUGAUGUGGUCCCUAUGCAAGCCGGGCACUUACUCCUAGGGAGGCCGUGGCAAUUUGACAAGGAAACUCUACACAAUGGACGCACAAAUUACUAUACCUUUACUCAUAACAACAAGAAGCAUAACCAAGCACCACUCACUCCGCAAGAAGUGCAUGACAUGCAAAAGGCCAUGUCUCGAGGCUCAGAGGUGCUACUAAUGAUCUUCAAGGAAGGUUUGUUUUCAGGUCAGGAACAACAAGAGAUCCCUCCAACUGUUAAGGAGCUGUUGGACCGCUAUUCUGAUGUGUUCCUGGAGGAGAUUCCACCAGGCUUGCCUCCCAUUAGAGGAAUAGAGCAUCAGAUUGACCUGAUCCCUGGAGCACCGUUGCCAAACCGAGCCGCUUACAGAGUUAAUCCCGAGGAGGCCAAAGAAUUAGAGAAUCAAGUACAAGACCUAAUGUCAAAAGGCUAUAUACGCGAGAGCCUAAGCCCAGCCAUCAACAACAUCACCAUCAAAUACAAGCAUCCCAUACCUCGACUUGAUGACAUGCUAGACGAUCUUAACGGUGCCACCAUCUUCUCUAAGAUCGAUUUGAGAAGUGGAUACCAUCAAGUGCGAAUGAAGGGAGGAGAUGAAUGGAAGACGGCGUUCAAGACAAAGAAGGGCUUGUACGAGUGGCUAGUGAUGCCAUUUGGACUCACCAUCGCCCCAAGCACCUUCAUGAGGCUCAUGAAUCACGUUCUAAGAGCCUACAUCUAUCACCUGGAGCAUCUCUCACAAGUUCUAGAGACACUUCGGUCAGAGAACUUAUACGCCAACAUUAAGAAAUGCAUAUAUUGCACUGAUCAAGUAGUAUUUUUAGGCUUUGUUGUUAGUUCACAGGGUCUGAAAGGUUACGAAGAGAAGAUCAAAGCUAUUCAAGAUUAG